AUGAGUGGCAGUGGGAAUCUAAUAAAAUAUUCUGGACAUAAUUACUUUCGUCAACGGCUUAUUCUUUCCUUGUUGAGUGGGAAGACCGUUAAAAUAGACAAGAUUCGUUCAGAUGAUGAUAAUCCUGGUUUAAGAGAUUAUGAAGUAAGUUUUCUGCGAUUGCUAGAAAAGGUGACUAACGGAUCGAUCAUUGAGAUAAGUUAUACAGGGACGAGCGUCUUGUAUAAACCUGGAAUAAUCACCGGUGGAAAAGUAUUUCAUGAAUGUCAUGUCACUCGUGGAAUUGGCUAUUACUUAGAACCGAUGAUUGCAUUGGCCCCGUUUUCCAAGAAUCCGUUUAACUUGACGCUAACUGGAAUAACCAACGAAAAUACUGAUGUUGAUUUGAUAAGGACAGUUAUACUACAGCAACUGAAAAGAUUUGGAAUCGAAGAAGGAUUAGAAUUGAAAAUUUCAAAGAGAGGGUCCCCUCCACUUGGUGGCGGUGAGGUUAAUUUUCAAUGUCCAAUAGUGCGAUCUCUGAAGCCAUUGCAAUUUAUUGACGAAGGACGAAUAAAACGUAUUCGGGGUAUUGCAUCUCCUGGUUUUGCACUAUCUCUAGUUGCAGAAUCAACAACAGGAGCGCUUGUGUCUUCUGAAACUGCGGCUAAUCCAGGAGAUACGCCUGAAGAUAUCGGGAAGCGUACAGCCCAGUUGCUGCUUUCUGAAAUACGAAAAGGCGGUUGUGUUGAUUCCAUUAGUCAAUGGUUGGUCUUGUUACUAAUGGUCCUCGGGCCAGAGGAUGUCUCAAAAGUGAAGAUUGGCAAAUUGAGCGCAUUCUCGUAA